GAGAAAUAUGCACAAACAAUGUUCUCACUACAUUAAUAACGUAUCAAUUAUUUGAUAGGUACUAAACCUGUUUAGACUAAGGUGCUGUUCUUUCAGCCAUUAAACAGGUAGUCUUACAGCUGAACACUGUGACAUCAUCUUUAUUAAAAUUUUUAAAUAAAAAAAUAACAAAUGUUGUUUUCAUUUUCGGGAAAGCUUUUGCCGAAAAACACUAAGAAUGAUAAGGGAACUAAUUCGAAAUUAAGGACAUCAAUUUUGAUUGGAAAGAAAUCAUUUACAAAUAAUGAAGGAACAGAAAUACCAAGAUUACUAUUGAGAAGAGAUUCCAAUAUACAAACACCUCUAGAACCCCCUAUUCGAAAAUAUAUACAUUCUAGAAUAACAAAGAAAAGACUUGACAAACUACUAGUAACAAACUUAAAAAAUGAAACAAAGUUUACAAUUGAUGAGAUUAAAGUAAUAAUAGACCAAUACGAACAUAUAAGAAAAUGGAAUAGGAACAUAGAUAAAAAUAGAUGGUCAAUUGUUGAAAAGAAAUCAUGGAAAAGAUGACAAGAGUCUCUUAAUUUUUUUCUCCUUUAUUAAAUAUUGUCUAUUUUUAUCUGUGUUUUAAACUAAUAGAAACGCUUUUGAUAGGAUAGCUUUUCGCCAAUUUUGCUUUAGCUACCUUCAAAUGACCGACGACUUUAUUAUCGAUCGUCUAUUUAGAGUUAUUGAUAUUCGUUAUGAUUUGGAUUUAUCCGAAAGGGAAUUUAUUAAAGGUUUACAUAUACUACUACGAGGAACUUUUGAUCAACAGAUGAAUUUUUGUUACAAAGUUUACGAUCUUUCAGGAAUUAAAAUGAUAAGAAGAGAAGAAAUUUAUCAACUAUUAAAAGGCUGUAUGAACGCUUGCCAAGAAGAGGACAUCCACCCGCAAGAAGCGGUAAGGGAUUUAGUAGAUAUAAUAUUAAAAAUGCUAGAUAUAGACAAAGAUGGCAUAAUCUCAAUAGAAGACUUUCGUAAAGCCUGUCAACAGAAUAAACUUUUAAUGGAAUCAUUAGGUUUUUGCCUUGUAGCCGAUAGAGAAAAGUUGGCCUAUGAUAGGAUUCUUCGAAUGCAAAUACCCAAAGAAAUAUCAAAGAUUAACUAAUAACUUUUAUACCAUACAGAAUCAUAACUUUUGAUACUCCAAUGUUAUCUCUGUAAAAACUCUUCAGUAAUAAAACCAGAAAUGAUUAAUGUUUAUAUCUUG